AUGAGUUGUACAAUUGAAAAGGCACUUGCUGAUGCUAAAGCUCUUGUUGAAAGAUUGAGAGAUCAUGACAAUGUAGCAGAAUCUCUUAUUGAGCAAACCACAGCUCUCAACAAGCGAGUAGAAGCCAUGAAGCAGUAUCAGGAAGAAAUUCAAGAACUUAACGAAGUCGCAAGACACCGGCCACGGUCCACAUUAGUUAUGGGAAUCCAACAAGAAAACAGACAAAUCAGAGAACUGCAACAAGAGAACAAAGAAUUGCGUACAUCCCUGGAAGAGCAUCAGUCUGCCUUGGAAUUAAUAAUGAGCAAGUAUCGAGAACAAAUGUUUAGAUUGUUAAUGGCUAGCAAAAAAGAUGACCCGGGUAUAAUAAUGAAGUUAAAAGAGCAGCACUCCAAGAUUGACAUGGUACAUCGUAACAGCUCCGAAGGAUUCUUCCUUGAUGCAUCUCGACACUUCCUUGAAGCACCUCAACAUGGACUGGAGAGGAGACACUUGGAAGCAAAUCAGAAUGAAUUACAAGCACAUGUUGACCAGAUCACUGAAAUGGCAGCAGUAAUGAGAAAAGCAAUUGAAAUUGAUGAGCAGCAAGGUUGCAGGGAACAGGAACGAAUAUUUCAACUUGAACAAGAAAACAAAGGCUUGAGAGAGAUCCUUCAAAUAACUCGAGAAUCAUUUUUGAACCUUAAGAAAGAUGAUGCGUCAGAAAGUACAUCUUUGUCAGCAUUAGUGACCAAUAGUGACCUGAGUCUGCGGAAGAGCUGAAGAGCCUCUAAGUCUAUGAGCUUCUUAUAGAGCUUCAUAUGGUUACUAGGACUUGCCUACUAAAUGAAUGAAUUAACGAAAAAAGUCAAUCUCUAUUAACUCUUUGUUUUAUUUUUUAUAAAUACUAUGUACAAUACACUGGCAAUGACAUUUUUAAGAAAUAGCAACAAAAAAAAAAUGUUUACUUAAUGGUCAUAGACUUUAUUCCAAAACAUAAUUGAAAAAUAGAAACUGAGCCCUUGUUAACUGGAGAACACAUGAAAGGUUUUGACAGUUACUGCUGAAUAUAUCGAGAACUUUCAGCACUGCUUUUGGCAUUCUGUAUGAUACUUGGAUAAACUUGAGUAUUUCCAAUAAAUGUUUGGAAAUUUAUAGAAUUAUUCCAUGUUAAAAAUACAAAUUUUGCCACCAUAUUGUAAAUGGAAGAUCGUCAUACUAAAUUUUAUCCUUCCUUAUUGGUAUUACAGUUAACAAAUAGCUUAGGCACCAUGAGACUUCAGAUUCAGUGAUUGCCUAUCAUCCCAUUAAUUUAAAUUUUUGUCAAAGAAAAUUCAGUUUAAAAAACUAAGAAUGUUUCAUAUGCACCAUAAAUAAAAGGUUGAUUUUUGCUACUUUAUGAUAAUUGAUA